GUCGCCGCGCUCCCCGCGCCAGCGCCCGCCCCAAGCGCGCAGGGGCCGCGCCGCGCCGCGCCGCUCGCUCGCUGCCUGCCCGGCCGGGGCCGCUCGCGGCCAGUCGGGGGAGCCCGGGCCGGCCAUGGCGGUGCUGAGCCCGCACCCCUUCGUGCCCUUCUGCUUCCCGGACUACGCGGCGCUGGAGCCGGAGCCGGAGCAGGAGCCGGGCUCGCGGGCGGCCGGCCACGAGUGCAAAGAGGCCACCCGCGACCUGCUGAGCUUCAUAGACUCGGCGUCCAGCAACAUCAAGCUGGCGCUGGACAAGCCGGCCAAGUCCAAGCGCAAGGUGAACCACCGCAAGUACCUGCAGAAGCAGAUCAAGCGCUGCAGCGGCAUCCUGGCCGAGCCGCCGCGGCCCGCCGCCCCCGCGCCGCCCGGCAAGGCAGCGGCAGCGGCAGCGGCUCCGGCGGCGGCGGCGGCGGGUCCCCGGCGGGACGGCGCGGGCAGCGCGGCGCAGAGCCGCAGCCUGGCGGCGCUCUUCGCCGCCGAGCCGGCAGCGGCGGCGGCGGCAGGGGGCUGCGGCUCGGGCUCGGGCGGCGGGAAGGUGCCGCUGCGGCACCGCAACCUGCCGCCCUCCUUCUUCACGGAGCCCGCGCCCCGCAGCGCCAGCCCCGCGCCCCGCGAGCCCGAGGCGGCCGAGUUCCUGGACCUGCUGGGCGCCGACUACGGCAGCGGGCUGCUGGGCGAGCAGGACGGCUUCCCCGCGCGCCCCAACGCUGCCACCGACCUGGGGCUGGAGCCCGCGCUCUUCGAGCCGCCCGCGCCGCUGCUGGCCGGCCUGCUCUACCCCGAGCCCGCCUGGACGCCGCCCGCCGCCAAGAAGAGCCCCCCGCCGCCGCCCGCCGACGACCCCCCGCUCUACGCCGAGCCCGCCGGGCCCCUGGCCGCCGCCUUCGCCCCCUUCUUCGCGGACUGCGCCCUCCCGCCACCCCUGCCCUACGAGUACGGCCCGGGCUAUGGCCGGGCCGCCUUCUCCGGCCUCUAGGGCGGGGGGCGUCCGCACCGGCCCCCCGCACGCGGACCUUGAGAAACCCCCUCGCCUUGCGGGAACCGGAGUCAGGGUCCAGCCUGAAGAGAGUCGGAGGGCGGCCCCUCCGAUGGACCUCGGGGUUUGGGACGGCAACGUCGGACCCUUGGGCGAGCCGGGGUGGGGGUCCAGCCACGAGAGAGCCGGAGGGUGGGCGGCGGGGCGAAGGCACGGCCCCUCCAACGGACCUGGGGGUUUGGGACAAUAAUGUCAGAAGGGAAAGGAGGGGCAGGCGGGCUGCGCCCCAUCGCCUGAAGGGGGACAUCCAAUAUAACUCUCACCAGCCUCUGAUCUCCGAGGCUAAAUCGGGUCAUAGGGUCACCCUGAGUAUAGGCUUGGCCACCAGGUCAGAGCUCGGGGCAGCUCCGUUUCUGGCCUGAGGAGAACCAGAGCUGGGGUCCAGCCAGAAGAGAGCCGGGUGGUGGGGCAGCUCAGGGGCUGUAUGGCCUGAGGAGACCCAGAGCCUGGGGGCUGUUUUAGGGGUUUCCUGGCCUGAAGAAGAGCCGAACCAGUGGUUGGGGUUCGUGCCAGCUCCAGGGUUUUUAUCGCCUGAGGAGAAGCCAGCGCCGGGGUGCGGGGCAGCUCCGGGGGCUUUACUGCCUGAAGAGAGCCAGAGGCCGUGGUGUGGGGGGGCCCUGCAUGGCACCCCUCGACUCCUGGAUCUGAUCUGGGGGCCAGGGCGACCCCGCGGACUCCAGCGUAGUUCAAGGCCUCAUUUGAAGUCGGCUGAUGGCCAGGGGAGGCUUUCCUCCGACCUCAGGGGCCUCUGGACUUGUUAAGAUAGUGCCGGGGAGAAGGAGAUCAGGCUCCCUGGCAGCAUUAGGGUUCACGUCACAUUUUUGCCACAGGGCAUAACACUUGAGUCUGCCAGUCCUCCCGGUGAGAUUCAAGGGACUGUUUGAGAAACAAGGCAUGGCGGGCGGGACGAAGGAUCUAGCCUUUAGAUGUUUCUUUUCCUUCACGUGCUGAGUCCCAUCUCCCUGUCCCCUCCUCCGAGUCCUACCGCACAUAAUACGAACGUGGAAUAUUGUAUUCUUUCAGGUGUUUUUCUAGUGCACAAUCUGGUAGCAUUGAGUAGGGCUAUGAUUUUGUUUUACUAUAGGCAAAUACACUUUGAUUUUCGUGUCUUUCAUUAGGUUAACGGGGGCUGCUGUUCUUUGAAGCGGCCGUGACCAAUUGCAAACAACUUUGGUUGGAAAGUAAAACUCAGUCAGCUCUGGCAGCGGCUUGAAAAUCUCGUCCCGCACUUGUGCAAAUGGUAAGCGCUGGCAGAUUUUCAGUAGGGGGCACAGACAAGUGGAAAAAAAAAAGAAGAGAAAAAUCAAGCAAGAUGACAUAAAAUAUCAUUCUAAAUGCUGUUACCAAAUCGUAGUGUCCUUAAAUUUAACAAUGUGUUGCAGACUUCUGCAAGCAGCAAUAUUAGGCUCAAUAAUUUAAUUGAUUGCCUGCGUUCGGGACAAAAAAACGUACUGUAGCAACUCAAGCAACACGAUUCCCACAAAUGGCAUUGGAUUUCUUUCAGGAAUGUGUCAAAGCAUUGAAAGUAAUGCAGAUCAGUUCCAUUGUGUACAGAAGAGUAUUUGAUAAUCACUUAAGUUAUGUAAAAGAGUUUAUGAUAAGUCCGAUAAAAUAAAGGUGCACAGUAGCGUAAAGACCUGUGGCUGUUACUGCUGUUGGAACGAAAUACUCUAGUGUCUCUUUCCACAUCGUCACGGUGGGCAAAGUUCGUUCAGUACGCUUUGUGAGUCGAAUUUGUUGCAGCCGCUUACCACCCCGCCACCCCCACUAAAUCCCGUGGAAUGCUUUAUUUUCCCCAUAACAAUCUAUUCCUGUUUUGCGUUUUUCUCUGCUAACUGCUACAGCAAUUUACCAGCAUGACAGGAAUGGUGACAAGUUGUUAGGGGGGAAAAAAAAGGGAUCCAAAUGGGUACUUUCAGGACAGUGCAUCACCAGAAUUUGAAGUUUGCUGUUGGGAUUUGGAUGAGGUGCCAAUCUGUGAAAGGCACUCUUUUUUGCCUAAAGCCAGAAUGUAAGACUUCGAUUUUUUUUUUCUUAACUGGUUUUAAAUAGACGAUAAAUAUGAGAAGUGGUCAUUUAAACAGUAUUUCCAGAGGUGGUACAUUAUUUUACCUGGCAUCACUCGGUGGGAUAAAAAGAAUAAAACAUUGUCAUUAAGAAUCAUAUUAACAAGUUUAUGGCCAAGGAAAGAGAGAUGACAUGAUCUUUUGGACAUAAAUACGAUGAGUGUAAUAAUUUUAAAUAAAUUUCAGGAGCUGGCUUAAUUUUAUUUUGAAAUGAUAGACAUGCUAGCUUACAUUGACUUAGCGGCGCUCAUCCAAAAAGACCCCUAAGCAGCCUACAACGUGUCUGUAUGCAAGAAUCAUUGUUCUAAUAUGGGGCAACUGUUUAAUCGCUACAGUCUGCUGUACUGGACUUUGUUAAGUAAAUGCACUUUUAAAAUAUGAUUUUACUAUAGGUUAUUUAACUCAAUUUAAGUAAGUAUAUAUAAAAAAGCAAGGGACAGCCAGUCCAGCCUAUGUAGAUCAACAAGAUAACCCUGACCUCUUGGUCACUUAGAUGACCAUUAUAACGUCAGACCACGUGUGCUAACCAGUUUCCCCUGAGAACAGGGGGAACUUUGCAUUUUCGAGUGAGAGGUAGUAUAUUAACUGCAUUCUAGAUGAUCAAGACAAGGUUGAUUUCAACCUCAUUUGAGUUAGUAAGUUUUCUGCUGUCUGUCAAGGGAUUUGUGCCUGGGAGUUUGUAGUAUUUUUUACCAUUGUUUUUCCUUUUGGAGCAUUUCAGAUCUGAUGGCAUUGCAUUGGUGUAGCUUAACACUUUUUUGUCACCGACGUGUCCCACUUUAGGUGCACUCCUGAAUUCUCAGUGACUUCACUGAAAGUCUCGGGAGCACAGGGAAUACAAAAUCAGCUCAUUUACUUUAACAGCAUAGUAAAAUAAAUGUUAUUUUUUUUUCACCUGUGUUUAUUAUUGGGCAAUUCUAUUUCUCUGUCAAUUUAUUCUACUAUUGCAUUAUGCCAGUUUAUAUUUCUUCGGGAUCAAAUCUAGGCAUCCUUCUACCAUCCUGUUUCUGGACAGAGCUCUCAACUUCACUAGGAGUUCUGCUUGGCUAAGAACUAGAUGACUUUUCUUUAGGGAUAGUCUUCUGAAGAAUUAUGGUAGACUGCUGGGUUGGAUUUUCUAUUGCCCUGUACUAUGUGUGAUCAUUUAUGCCUGGCUAAAGUAUGUACAAAAUGCUGUCAAUCUCAUUAAAGCAUUUUACACUAA